AUGGAGGAGAGGCUCUGUCACAAUGGUGAGAAUGAUAACGAUAGUAGGGUGCGCUGCUGGAGGAAAACGACGAUAAGAGGACGGAGGCGGCCGGAUUGGUUUGGUUGCAGCGGAGGACGUCCGCAGCGUCAGAUUUGCUAUCUUCCGGCAGGGGAGAGUUCUAACGACGACAAGAGGACGGAGGCGGCGGGAUUGGGGUGGUUGCAGGGGAGGAAGUCGUCGGCGGCUGAUUUGCUGUCUUCCGGGGGGAGAGUUCUGUGA